AUUCUCCCGGAAGCACAUGAGGAAAACAGAGGAGUCCACAUGGGGAAGAUUUGUUGCUGAAUGUGGAUGAAAAACACAAGACCUGAGUAUUUCACUUAUAUGCACACUGAGAGUUUAAAUCUGCAGUUUUUGUCUUAAGAGUUUGGUUUGGAUGACGUUUUGAAACAUGGCGGAUCUCAACGUUAUCAAGCUGCCGGCGGAGGAGGUCACAGAGCCGGCCGAGAAGAAGGCGAAGAAGAGGGCUCGACCACCGAAGUUGGACCCGGUGGAAGAGGCGCAAAAACGGCAGAAAAACGUGGAGAGUCUGAGGGUGCUGGGAGAGGGAGACAGCUCGGUGAAGCUGCUGGAGGAGCUCGUGUUCGGGGCGGAGGAUGAGCUGCUGGAGAGACUCGUGGAGCAGGAGGAUGGGGUGCGGACGGGCACGGGGACUCUGUUGGAGGAGGACGGAGACGAGGAGUCAGCCGACUCUGAGGCUGAGGACGGAGCUCGCCUGCUGCCGGGCAGGAAAGCUGCGGCCUGGGUGGACGAGGACGACGAGCGAGAGGAACAGGUGGACAUGAAGCAUCGUUUCCGUAGAGACCUGAUCAGAGGAGAGGCGGAGUCAACCAUGACCAAACAGAAACUGCAGCAGAGAAUGAGAGACCAGUUUCAGAAGUCGAUGGGAGGAACCCCGUCGUGGGCAGACGUCAGCGACAGGAAGAAGAAGAAGAAGAAGAAAGCCGCUGAAGAUGAAGAAGACGAGGACGAAGAGGACGAUGAGCUGCUGAGGAGGACGGGGAACUUUGUGGCGUCUUCGGACAGUCUGCCGAGUGGCAUCCUCAGGAUGAAGAAACGUCUUGACGCCAACAGCGCCCGUCCAUCAGAGGACAAACUGACCACCGUCCAGUUCCAUCCCUCCGCUCAGGUUGUCAUGACAGCUGGCCUGGACCAAUCACUGUCCCUCUUCCAGGUGGACGGGAAGUCGAACCCGAAGAUCCAGAGCAUCCACCUGGAGCGUUUCCCCGUACACCGCGCCGCGUUCAGCCCGGACGGCGAGACGGUGAUCGCCACCAGCCUGAAGAACAAGAUGUUCUACCUGUACGACAUGAUGGAGGGCCGGGUCACACCUGUGCACACGGUCAGAGGUCUGAAUGAAGCCAGAGUGAAGGAGUUCUCUGUUUGUCCUGAAGGAGGCGCUCUGCUGCUCACCGGGACCAACGGAUACCUGCACCUGCUCACGCUCAAGACUAAGGAGGUGGUGCGCAGCAUGAAGAUAAACGGUAACAUCUGCGGCGUCGACUUCUCUCACGACGGCAGCAAAGUGUUCGCCAACUCGGAGGAGGGGGAGGUGUAUGUGUGGGACAUGCGGAGCAGUCGCUGCGUGAACAGGUUUACGGAUGACGGCUGCGUGAAGGGAACGUCCAUCGCCGCAUCACGGAACGGACGCUACCUCGCCUGCGGCUCUCAGUCGGGCGUGGUCAACAUUUACUCCCAGGAGGCGUGUCUCAAUUCGACCAAUCCCAAGCCUCUGAAGGCGGUGAUGAACCUGCUGACCUCUGCGACCUCUCUGAGGUUUAACCCCGCCUCUGAGAUCCUCGCGAUCGCCUCCCGUGCCGAGGACGAGGCCGUGAAACUGGUCCACAUGCCAAGCCUCUCCGUCUUCUCCAACUUCCCCGUAUCCAAGAGGAAGGUUGUUUAUCGAGCCAGCUGCCUCGACUUCUCCCCACACAGCGGCUUCUUCUCAUUGGCCAACAACAAAGGACGCGCCCCUCUCUUCAGGUUGCUGCAUUACAAAGACUUCUGAGGAGGAACACAAAACCCGACUGAGCGAUUUAAAGGACCUGUCCGCUGUUUUUAACCACCUGCCGUCUAUAAAUCCUUUGAACUUUUAUUGCAUCAUAUCAUUUUUAAUUCAUAAUAUAUCUACAACAUAAAGCUUCUGGUCUCAGAAAGUUUAUUUUUAUGAUUAAAAUCAGCAGAUGUUGCAAAUGAUAAUCAGGAAGCUUGGAGUUUACAGGAUUUGUAGUUCUCGCGUUAAAAUGCUAAAAAUCCCAGAGGGGUUUGGUGUGGACUCCGAUCAAAAGCAGCCUGAACGCGGACGUGAGAGGUGGUUUGAAGAUAAAUGGAAGCCAGAAAAAAACAUGAACUACAGUUUCAGUGAGCUAUAUUUGUUUUUUAUUAUCUGUACGAUGUGAUUGUAUAAAAAACUUAAACCAC